AGUUGUUGUGUUUUGUUCGUUUGUUUUGCCCGGAGAUUUUGGUUUCCUUGAACUGUCGUAUCAUUUCCUGUCUUUUUUGCCUUGUUAACUUUAUUCCAACUAUGGUUUUCAUUUCAAAUUCUCAGCAAUUGAUCUACUGAAUUCAUUACCACUUAGCACCAUGGAUUCUUCAUUGACCCGACCUGCGAAAUAAGUGGAUCGUCAAACAGAUAAUCAAUAUGUGCUGUGAUACUCAGAAAAACCUCCGAUAUCAGAAACUAAGAUCGCAGUUGAACGAUCUUGGCUAUCUUCAACCUCUAAGCAAAGAUUCGUUGCUGUUAGUGGAGCAUCUACUAGCUGACUACCUUCACACAUCACAAAAAUUAAAGUACUACAAGGAAACUGCCCAUAACAGUAUUCAGGCAUGUCGUAAUUUAGAAAUAAGUGUUGAACCCUACAAAAGUGACAAUGCAAAACUCGUUACACAGUUGAACUGCUUACAUAAUCAAAUUUUAGAGGAAAAAACUCAUUUUGAAGAAAGAAUCCAUGGUUUGAAGUUACAAGUGAAAAAAGUAGAAGCUGAAAGAUCUGACCUUGAGGACCUAGUGAGUUUGCAAACAAAUCGUAUUCAGGUGCUGGAACAUGAAUCUCAACUGAAAAAUGAGAGAUUACUGCAGCUUCAAGGCCUUGAUUUAAAACCUAUCAUCACUACUGCUGUUGGUAGUAAAAAGCGGUCAGCCCCUCUUGCAAAAAAGAAGAGUUUUACACGUUUGGAGAUAGACCCUGGUGUUGAAAGCGUCAAGGAUUGGCAAACAUACUACUCAGAAAUCAACCGACUAAAUGAGGAUCCAGUAGUAGUCGAUCUUGUAAUAUUGACAGAGAAGCGUAUCGAGAGCUUGCAGAAAACAAUAAAUGAUGUUGAAGCAGAAAAACAGUACCUGGAAGAAGAAUUAGAACUAUGUGCCACAAAGAUCUCUGAUCGAGAUGUUGAGAUUGACCGAUUGCAGAAACUUUUAGGCAGUGGUCGCCCUGCUGAAGCUGUGAAUCGUGAGUUUUACACAGAGGGCACUUUAGAGGGUGCUAGCGAUAUGAACGCAAACAUGGACAACUGCAGCAAUAGCACUGUAAAUAGCAAGACUCUUUUCCUGCAGCAACGACUGGAAGAAGCAAUAGAAAAACAACAUGAAGCUAUGUGCACUGCUGUGCGAUUAGCUGACCACAAUCGCCUCCUAGAAGCUCAGUUGAAGUGUGCAGUCGAGUCCAGAUGUCACUGCAGUACUCCACCUGAAGACGGAACAAGUGAACGCUGUAAAACAGAUGCCACUGAGAAGACGGAGCAUGUGCAGCAAAACUUUUUACAAUGCAUGACUGAAUUGAAUCGGCGAGUCGAUGAAUUGAUGGCUGAUAAUGACAGUUUAAGGAAAUGUGCAGAAAAAGGUGCAGAGGAGAGGAAAAAACUGACGAACAAAGUGAAUGAACUGACAGCUAUUGAAAAUAAACUUCAGCAAGAAAUCACCAAAUUAUCUAGAGUUAAUGCAGCUCAAAAGGCAAAGAUAGUUGAUUUUGAAGAACGCAAGGCAGCUUUCUGUCGUAGUUGUCGGAAAACUUCUACUGAGGAUCUGCCAAAAUGCUCCUCAGGUAUUUGUAGAAGAAAUAAGAAUGAAGAGUACAGAAAGCACAGAUCUCAAGUUGGAAACAGCAAGUCUUGUGACUCUCAAUACUUGUCAUCGUGUAAUUCCAACCCUUGCAGCACCAAACCUUGCAGUAGCAUAUUGAGCACAGAUAGAAGAGAGAGCAAAGCAAGCGAUUACAUUUGUCAAAGUAUUCCUGAAAAGCCACGGUUUGCGGCCCAUAACUCACCCUGCGCCAACCUCAAAAAGAGUCCUGAUCCCAAUCCUUGCACGCAAAGUAGUCAGUCUUUUGGUCUCAAAAACUCAAAGGUUCUGAAUUAUUUCCAAGGAGUAAGUAGAUAUGUGUAUCCCGAAGAAAAGCAGCCAGAAACCGAUAAAGAUAACAAAGAAAAUGAUAAGAAAGUAAUCACAGGUCCCUCAACUUCCAAUGCAAAUAAUCUCGAACCAAGCGCUGUUAAGACGGAAGUUUUUUCUCACAACUCAAGUUAUGAUUCAGCUGCCAGUGCCAGGGAUAACAAUCAGUCACUUCCUUGUAUUUCCCCCGGCACCUGUUUGCGUUCUGGUACUACAUUAACAGCCGUGUCCUACCCGGAUAGUAGAGUCCCAAUGGCUGCGUCUGUUUCCACUUGUGUGUAUACUAGCAAAAAGCCUUGCCCCCCUGAAAGUACCCUACCCUGCCCUAAUGAAUGUCCAAGCAUGGAUAGACUUUGCACUCAGAUUGGAACAGUGGACAAAUCUUGCCCCACCAUUGAAAAAGUUAUAAAAUCCGUGGCAAAUGGAACUUUUAAAAAAUCACCUAGUCCUGAAAGUGAAAGCAUGAAACGCUCAGUUAGUGUAGUGCUUGAUUUUACUGGAACAGCUUGUGAAAAUUCAAAUUCACAAACCGAAAAUUCUCAUUGUCCUAAGGAGAAAGGCCGCAGAUGCAACUUACCUCCACCACCACCAUGUGUUCCAGAUGAUGAAAUACUGAAAACUACAGUUGAGCAGGAGGAUCAGAAACCUGUCCUUAGCUCAGCUAGUUACACUUUGGAGACAGACAUGAAAGGUUUUCACUCUGGUUGUAACGCAUCUUUAGAAUCUCACUGUGCAAAUAAGACAACAUCCCCAGUCAGUUCCAAACAAGCUACCGAGCCUUGCCCCUCCUCCCAAGCCACCAGAGCCAAAUCUGCUCGACAAGAUAGCAAAUGCACUCAUAAUUCCUCCAUUCACUUAGCUCCUCCACCGUAUAAUAAUGCAGCAUUGAUCGGACAGAAAUGUCCACAUGUUGAUGAAAAUCAAAAAGCAGAAUCCUUUAUUCGGACCCAACCUCAGAAAGAAAGCAUAACAAAUUCUGCCAGCUAUACAGUUCAAGGAUGCCCAAAACCUUCAACGACUUCUCCAUGCACCCCAAAAUGUUGUGAACAGGCAAAAACUCCAACACACUGCCAAAAUAACAGACGGGAGAACUGCUCUAAAAGAAACCUGUCGCGUAUCGGAACGAAGGCCCAAAGCAGUGAUAGUAUCGUGCGGCAAACCUGCACCAAGUGCUAUCACUCGGAUAGGAAGUCGACUUGUAAAUGUAGCACAAAUAAAUUUCAGAAUGAAAGUCAGCUAAAUGUAGGUUGCUCCAACAACAGUGAAAAUGUGAGAUCUUGCAAUGGUGCACACCAAGCAAGAGCGUCAAGUCAAAGAUCUCAACAGUUGGAUGAUUGUGCGCCAAAGCAGCGUGAAAAAGGAGGAUAUUGUGGCCCAAAUGAUAGAUUCGGCCCAAGGUAUAGUUCCUUUGAAAAAACAAUGCCAAAAACGUCCUCUUGUCUUCGCAGUUCUCAAAAUAAUUGCAAACAGAAUAUGCCACAUGGGAAUCCAAAAAGCGAAGAUUUACCAAAGUCUAGUCAUUCAAAUGGGCAUUCUGGAUGUAAAACUCAUCGCCAGGACCAGCACAGGUCAGGUACCAAGUCUGUCGAGUGUAGGAGAAAAAUAAGUUUCCUUAAUCAUGAUGAUUCUUUCUACAAACCUCCAAGUAGUGGCCUGAAGAAUGGACCGACUCGUCACAUACAUAAAUUCCGUGUUCUUAUGCCCUCAAAUGCGCCUUUCAAGAAGUCAAAUUCUGUUGGAUCAGUUUUGUCAACCGAUGGAAAGCAGCUUUCAAAACCUACAAAAACAUCACCAGGAAAAACCUACAGAAAGAACGAUAAAGUGCUCCACAAAGUAGGAUCACGUGCACCAAAAUCCUUGUACAAUAUGGCAGGAAAUAGACGAAAAUCUUGCGCGGACAUGAAUUCAUUGGAGAGCAAAGAAGAUUCCGAAUCAGCAGAUCAAUUAGGCAAUCUGCUUGCGUCUGAAGAGUAUCGCACUGGCAAUGGUGAAUCCACUUCCUUGCAUGAUGAAGUCAAGAAACUAAUUGAAGAAGAGAGGAGAAAGUAUGAAGAGCAAAUAGAAUUUGUACGACGGCAACAAGCAGAACAUUGUGCUCGACUUCAUCCUCCUCCUUACCUUAUUUCUGAUAAAAUCAAAGAGACUAUAAACCAGGCACCAUCUGCAGUUCUAGAACUUUUACUAGCAGAAAAGAACUACUAUCAGAAGGAGUACCACCGAUUGCUGGACAAACAGCUGGCAAAUGAAAAGGAUGGUGUCGGUGAUGGUAAUCAAGGUCCAACAAGUAAGAGCUCAGAGAAGAUUAUUGAGCAAAUUCAAAGCGAGAUUCAAAAGUCAACCAACGAAACUCUGGCAAACUUGAUCACAAAGCUGAAUGAGAAGGAUAAAGAAAUCAUAGAUUUGAAACUGUCCAUAGAAAAACUUUCUUCCGAAAGAGGAAGAGGAGAUUAUUACAACAGUCAAAACUUGGCGGAACUAAUGGCAAAACUAAAUGAGAAGGACAAGGAAAUUAUGGACUUGAAGUAUUCAAUUCAGAAGUCCUCUUUAGAAAAAGGGAAGGGGGACUAUUUAGAUACUCAAAAUGCUUUAAUCAGGAGCCUGGAGCUAGAAAGGGACCUUGCUAAAAGAGAAGUCAAAAGGUUGGAAGAAGAAAAAGCAGCCCUGUGGAGUCAGCUUUCAAAUAUCAGAGAAGGACAUAGGCUUGGCGAAAACAGGAUGAGUCAGUUAUCUAUUGAUUUUGAAGAUAGACUCCGAAAACUUGAAAGUGAACGCUGUGAACUUCUGAAUAAGCAAACAUCGCAAACUUUGAUCAUUGAGAAUUUCGAACGAGAAAUUGACCAGUAUCGAAAGAGCCUUGUGCAGUCUCAGCAAGACCUCACGGAGCAAAAAGCUCUGUACAAUCAUAUGAAACUAGCACAUGAGCAAGCUGAGCGAGCUCUUCGAGAUUGUCAUAGUAAUCAAGGCCACCUGAACAAAGAGCUUUCUGCCAACCUAGAUAGAAUUCAAGCCUUAGAAAGUGAAGUUACCACUUUAGAUAGAGAAUUGCAGAAUGUAAAAAUUGAGAGGAAUACUCUUCGCACCAAUUUAAAACAACUGGACCAACAAAAAGAUUUCUUACUGUGUAAAUUAGAUGACAAAACUGAAAGAAUCGCAUCAAUGGAAAAGGAAAUUAUGAAGAAUGAAACCGUAUUGCGGCAGUACGAGACUACUAUCGCAGAACUUCAUGCCAAAUACAAUUUGGCCCUGAACGACAGUUCGAAGACGGAAGAGAGCGUCCGACGCGCGCACAAUGAGCUAGAAAAUCUUCACAAGCAAAUCAGAGAACUGGAAACUUCGAAGGAAAAUCUCCUCAGCGAAAACAAGCGAAUAAUGAACGAUCUGACCACCAUCACCAGAGAAUAUACAUCCAUGAGAUCAGAGCUUGAAAGGAGUAAGAGGGAAGUUCAGGAUUUAAAGCAGCAGCUUCAGUCUUACGUCGACUGUGUUAAGCGAUACGAAGAUGAACUAGCGCGCAAGGAUCAUGAAAGGCUUGAAAUGUUGGAGCAGUUUCGCAAUCUGAGUGAAGAAACAGCAGCGCUGGAACAAACCAAUUUGCUUGUAGAAUCUGAAGCCAAAUCAACGCAAUCUUCUUUACGCGAAGCUGAGUCUAAGGUUGAAGAGUUACAGAGAUUUAUUGAAGACAAAGAGCGGAAAAUCAAAACAUAUCACGAAGAGUUAAAUGAACUAAGGUUCCAGCUGUCGCACUUAGAAAUGGAAACUUCAUCUCUGAGGGAAGAGAAGUCAAAAAUGGAGAAUGAUCUAUAUGCCAGUCGAGACCUAUCAACAACCGUCCUAUCGAAGAAUGAUCAUUUACUGGAGCAGAUGAAUGCCUUGACUGCACAUAAGACUGCGAUGGAAGCUGAAAUAGCAGUCCUGAAAGAAAGUAUGAAUGACAUAUCGAAGAAAUAUCGAGAGUCGAAUCGAGAUAUGCAAGCAAUGCAUGAUCAGAUUUCAAGUUAUGAGAAGGAGUUAUCAAUGGAAGUUGAAGUGAAUGACAAGCUGAAGCAUGAAGUUGCCGCUUUGACUGAACAGUUAAAUCAGUUAGAAGCCCAGUUAAGAAUGAAAUCAACUGAAUUAGAAAGGAUAGAAAAAGAAUCAGCUGACAAUAAUCAAGAAAUUUCCCAGUUGCGUAGAGAAAUGAUCAGUGCCAGAUAUGAGCAGACCCGAUCCGAUGAGGCUAGAAGCGAUAGCCAAACUUUGUGACCAGACCUAACCAGCGAGAUGGGGACCCUUACCUCUGUUGUGAUACUUUUUGUGUGUCUUUAUUAUCUCAGUUUAAUGUGUUCAUUGUUUCAUGCCUUUUUCUCACUUCUUUGUCGGUAAUCGUUACCUGCCAAUCAUUUUGCAUUUAUAUUUAUUUAUCUCUUAUUUUAUGGAAUUGAAAAAAGUUGUUUUAUUUUAUGAGUUUUAGAAUUUUGUAUCAUACAAUUUAUUUUAGGCACCUGAGUAAUAGAUUUUACUCCAGUUUUUAUUGCUAUUAGAUGCUCAGUGAAUCUGUAUUAAAACUGAACGAUAGCUUUAGCAUUCAAGGGACAAAAUCUCCUAUGACAUUGAAGGAAAGAGUAUCUGCGAUUAAGAUUCUGUAGACUUUCAGUCAAUUCAGAAUUUAUUCGUGAAAUUCCUGAUUGUGGUUCCUUCAUAACCUAGUUAGUUGAAAAUUUUGUUUUUAAUUUGCUCAUUUGCUGAAUAAAAUACUCUCAUUUCCUCUAAGUAUUUUAAGUGUUUUUGCAAUGGGGAACAAUGCUUUCAUUGUCUAAUUUAUUUUCAUUUAAUUUUUUUUUUACCAUAAGUUAAUUUUUUUGUUCUAUCAAAAAUCGGAGUUUUCUACUUAGUGACUUGAAUGAAUGAAUUGUAAUGCCUGAAUGGUUCCUGAAGUCAUCGAAGUUCACUUGCAUUCCUUCCAUCAUAAUAAUCACCCCAGGGACAUAUAAUUUUAUUAAGUUAGGUUCGGCAGCCUCAUUGUACUUGAAUUCUGUUUCAUUGAGAAAAGUGAGUCUGGCACUGUCCGAAGAUGCUCAUCGAAGUCUGAGAUUCACUUUCCAAUAUGUCACAAUGAUUUUAAUGCUCUUACGGGGUUUUUCUAGUUAAUCCUGCCACACUUCUAAAAUGUAUUACAUCAAUUGUUUCAUCCAAUCUGACCUUGUAAUGGCAAGUUUCUUAUGUACCUAUAAAAGUAAAAAAUUGUCAGAUAAAAACUUUUCGUUCUCUUAACGAUGAAAAUGUCUUAAUUGGUGUGAACUGUGCACAAGUAUCCAUCCAUUAGUUGAAGCAUGUCUUACUGAAGGUAAUAUAAAAUGGAAAUUAACAUGUUUUACUCAACGAAGUGUUAUUCUUACAAGUACAAAAUCUUAAGACUGAUAAGAAAACUAAAUAUUUCUAAGUCAGAUCAUCAGCUUGCUGUGGAGUCAUCUUCAUGUUCCACUUAAAAUUUGAAAAGUAUUUUAAGCUAUUUGACAAUCUUAUUUGCCUUAUGAGUUGAAGACAAAGAUUUUUAUCUCGUGGAAAAGCCUUAAUUUUUAGCAGGUGCUCUAAAACAAAUGCUUCUUAAAUUACUUCCAGAUCUGUCUCAAUUUUAUAAAAAGUGAUAGACCUCCCAUCGUUUUCAACUCUUAACUUUAAUCAGAAUUGUUUGAUUUACCAGUAUUUUUAUUUAAGGGCUCAUUAAACUUAGUCGAUGUGUGCACGACACUUCAUAGAACUCUCAAUCUCAAGAGAAAGAACAAUGUGUCUCUACUAAAAAUUUGCCAAGGAUCAAUCGGAUGAAUUGUGAACCCAAGAAUACUCAUUUUAUACGUUUUGUUACUAAUUUCUGUUUAUUUAUAUGAAAAAUUGUAAAUAUUGUUAGGUUACUUUGUUGAGUUUGAUGAGCUGUAUAUUUUCGAUCAAACUCUUUAUGGAAAAAAAAGGACGUAUACUUAGAAAUUACUUUACUCACUCAAAGUUUGCUCAGUAUCAACUGCAUGAAUUGUCAACUCUAAAACACUUUUAAAUAUAUUUUGUUACUUA